GCAACUCUAGAUUAUAAUUGUACAUAUGAUCAAAGAGACAAAUUAAAAUACAACGGAUAUGCAGCACAGUGCAGAUGACGAUCUGAUCAGAUAUCACAUAUAUCUGGCGUCUAAUGUCGAAUACAGUACCCAUUUGCUGAAGUUGUGCGAGCAUUGUGUGCAGAAUGAGAAGAAGGUGCUGCUGCUAACAGAGAACUGCGAAAUGUUGUAUCUGGUGGACACAAUGGAGAAACCGCGCUCCUUAGCUCACAUGGAGCGCUGCAUGAGCAUUGUUGCAUUGAAAGAGAUAGAGAGCGCACCGCGGCAUAUUAUCGAGCUGUUCGAUUGUUUGCCCCGACCCCAACUGAUUGUGUUCGAUAUGAAUUCGAUUGUUGCCGCCGAACUCAUUUCGAAUACUCAAUUACAAAUACUCAUCCGCCACAUGGCCAAGUGUGCGGCGGCCUUUUGCAAUUACAUGCAAAUGCAAAACAUGUUCAAGCAUGCAUGCAAUAUUGAUGCUAUCGUUAUUAUGCCCACCGCUAAAUAUCCCUUGACGUCGGCUCACCUCAAAUUGCUCAUCGGUCUCUACUUUAGCACCAAUCCACUAUAUACGAAUUUUGCGGCACUCGUCGAAAGCAUUCGACAAUCGCAAUCGCUACACUAACAUAAAUAUAUCGAUAACUGUGCAAAUAUGUCACUACCAACAGUGCCCGUUAGCAACAAAGGAUCUUUUGUAUUAUUAUUGUAUUUAAGAAUUGAAGUCAACUACUUAUUAGUAUUAUUUAUUUUAUAUAUUAGUUUUGGUUAUUCUCGAGAAGCGAGCUGUACGCAUGGCAUCCAUGCAAAUUAAAUGUAUUAAUUUACGUUUCUACACUUGUAUUUAUAAAGUAUAAAAAUAAAGUGAACU